GAGAUAAAAUAUGGCUGAAGCUGGGACAGGCUUCCUGGAGCAGCUCAAGUCGUGCAUGGUUUGGUCCUGGACUUAUUUAUGGACCGUGUGGUUUUUCUUUAUGCUGUUUCUGGUUUACAUCCUCAGGGUGCCAUUGAAGAUUAAUGACAAUCUUAGCACAGUGAGUAUGUUUUUGAACACAUUAACGCCUAAAUUCUACGUUGCCCUAACAGGCACAUCAUCCCUAAUCUCAGGGCUUAUAUUGAUAUUUGAAUGGUGGUACUUUCGAAAAUAUGGCACGUCAUUCAUUGAGCAGGUCUCUGUAAGUCAUUUACGACCACUGUUGGGAGGUGUUGACAGUAACACACCAAACAAUUCAAAUACGAGUAAUGGGGACGCUGAUUCCAAUCGACAAAGUGUUUCAGAAUGUAAAGUCUGGAGAAAUCCAUUAAAUCUGUUCCGAGGGGCGGAGUAUAAUCGAUAUACGUGGGUGACGGGAAGAGAACCUUUGACAUAUUAUGACAUGAAUCUUUCAGCACAAGACCAUCAAACCUUUUUCACAUGCGACUCAGAUCAUAUGCGACCAGCAGAUGCAAUAAUGCAGAAGGCAUGGAGAGAAAGAAACCCACAAGCCAGGAUUUCUGCUGCACAUGAAGCAUUAGAAUUAAAUGAAUGUGCCACUGCUUUUAUUCUUUUGGCUGAAGAAGAAGCAACAACUAUUGUUGAAGCAGAAAAGCUUUUUAAACAGGCUCUCAAAGCCGGGGAAGGGUGUUACAGACGCAGCCAGCAGCUGCAGCACCAUGGGACGCAAUAUGAAGCUCAGCACAGGCGGGACACAAAUGUACUUGUGUACAUUAAAAGGAGGUUAGCAAUGUGCGCAAGGAAGCUGGGAAGAACAAGGGAAGCAGUGAAAAUGAUGAGAGAUUUAAUGAAAGAGUUCCCAUUGCUGAGUAUGUUUAAUAUACACGAGAACUUAUUAGAAGCACUGUUGGAAUUGCAGGCAUAUGCUGAUGUACAGGCAGUUUUAGCUAAGUAUGAUGAUAUAAGCUUACCAAAGUCAGCCACAAUAUGCUACACAGCUGCACUUCUCAAAGCAAGGGCAGUAUCAGACAAAUUCUCCCCAGAAGCCGCAUCACGGCGAGGGCUCAGUACAGCAGAAAUGAAUGCUGUGGAAGCAAUUCACAGAGCAGUAGAGUUUAAUCCACAUGUGCCAAAAUAUCUACUAGAAAUGAAAAGUUUAAUACUGCCCCCUGAACACAUUCUGAAAAGAGGGGACAGUGAAGCAAUAGCGUACGCUUUCUUUCACCUUCAGCACUGGAAGAGGGUCGAGGGAGCUUUAAAUCUCUUACAUUGUACGUGGGAAGGGACCUUUAGAAUGAUCCCUUACCCAUUGGAAAAAGGUCACCUUUUCUACCCAUACCCCAUCUGUACAGAAACAGCAGACAGAGAGUUACUGCCAUCUUUUCAUGAAGUUUCAGUUUACCCAAAGAAGGAACUCCCUUUCUUCAUCCUCUUCACUGCAGGACUAUGUUCCUUCACAGCCAUGUUGGCUCUUCUCACACACCAAUUCCCAGAGCUCAUGGGAGUUUUUGCAAAAGCUUUCCUAAGUACCCUGUUUGCACCUUUAAACUUUGUGAUGGAGAAAGUAGAAAGCAUCCUUCCCUCCAGUUUGUGGCACCAACUUACCCGGAUCUAAGACCUAUGUAGCACGACUCGCUCACGCAACAUCUUAUAUGCCAACUUUUUGUUGACUGCAACAAAGCAUGAGAAAAAGGGAAAACCGUGACAUGAACUAAAACAAACUGUCUGGUCUCAAAUACAAACUGUUUUUGUUGUAAAAAAAAAAAAAAAUAACAAAAAAGACAGAAAAUAAAAAAUUGAUGUUCAGUUUCAUUAUA